UCUUCCUCACUCUAUUUCCUCCUCUCAUGAAAGUCAACACUGGAGCCAUGGUGUCAAUAAAGUCCAUUUGUCCUAUCGUUUUGUUCUUCUCCUUGGCUGAAUCCCUAACACUGCUCAAAGCACCUCAGCAUGAAGACUAUUUAAAUACCACCCAGAAGUUUUUGGAGAGCAACAUUAGAGAUGUGACCACUGUUGCAUUUGCUCAGUUCAUCCAAGAAGCCACAUAUCAAGAAAUCACUGGAUUGGUUGAACAGAUGAUCCACUAUAGAGACAAAUGCAUUACCAACAUGCAGCUUCCUGAGUGUUCAAAGAAAGCAAUCCAUGUAAUGCAGGAUAAAAUAUGUGGGGUAAAGGAACUUUCUGCCAAGUACAGGCUUUCCGAAUGUUGUACAAACGAUACUUCUGAGAGACGACUGUGCUUCUUUCAACGCAAAAGUGCUGCUGUCAGUUUUCUGGCUCCUUUCCAAGUCCCAGACAUAGAGAAGGUUUGCCAGGAGUAUGAAGAAGAUCAGGAUGCUUUUCUAAAUCACUAUAUCUAUGAAAUAGCCAGACGGAAUCCAUUUGCCUUUGCCCCAACACUUUUGUCUCUGGCUGCUCGCUACAAAGAAGUCAGCACUAGCUGUUGCCAAGAAGAAAACAAACAUGAAUGUUUCCACACAAAGGCAACACCCAUCACAAAUGAUUUAAAAGAAAUCUCUGCUAAGCAGCAACACACCUGUGGGAUAUUGAUGAAAUAUGGACCCAAAGGCUUGAAGCUUCAGAAAGUUGUGGAAAUCAGCCAAAAAUUUCCCAAGAUUGACUUUAAAGAACUUGACACACUCCUGAAAAAUAUUCCUACUAUGGUUGAUGAAUGUUGUAAAGGAGAUGUAGUUCACUGUUUCCGAAGCAAGGCCAAGAUCAUAAACUAUAUCUGUUCAAAACAAGACUCCAUCUCCAGCAGAAUUAGAGAUUGUUGUCAACUCACAGUACCACAGAGGGGUGAAUGCAUCAUCUUUCACUCACAAAAUGAUGAUAAACCAAAGGAUUUAUCUCUAAGAGUAGAGAGAUUUACAGAAGGUGAUGAUGUUUGCCAACAUCUGCAUGAAGAUAAAGAAAACUUCCUGACUGAGUUUUUGUAUGAAUAUUCAAGACGACAUGCAGAGUUGCCGCUUUCAGUGAUUUUAAGAAUAGGUGUGCUGUAUGAAAAACUACUGGAAAGUUGCUGCAAAACAGAAAACCCAAAAGAAUGCUAUGGCCAUGGGGAAGAAAAAUUCCAAGCAGUAGCACAAGAAAUCCAGCUCAUUUCAAAAGUGGAGUGUGGCUAUUUCCAGAUUCUUGGUGAAGAAGGUUUCCUCAAUCAGUGUCUUCUUUACCUCACCAAAAAAGCACCUCAACUCUCAUUUCAAGAGCUCAUAUCUUAUGGCCAGAAACUUGUCGUAUCUUUUACUAAGUGCUGUCCACUAGGGGAAGAGCAACAAUUUGCCUGUAUUGACAAUAUGGUAGGCCAAAUUCUUGGAGAGCUUUGUGGAAUAAAUAAAAAUCGAACCAUAAACCCAAGUGUGGAUAAUUGCUGUAAAUCAUCACCUGCAUUCAGAUCAUUGUGUUUUAAUGGUCUGACAGGAGAUGACACCCAUGUUCCUCAGGCAUUCCUUCCUGAAGUGUUCACCUUUAAUGUCACUCUGUGUCAGGAUACAGAACAAUGGAGAAAGAGACAAGAAAAAAAAGAUUUAAAAGAGCAAUGCCAUGAAGCAGGUGGGAACAUAGGAAUGUUCCAAUGAAACAGGAGAGAUCAUGGGCAAGGAAAGGAAAUCCUGAUCUUGAGGGAAAGGGGUUUGGGAGGACAUUUGUCCUCAGUUAUUUAGCUCAAUCACAUCCCUAUGAUUCCCCCAGGGCUUGGUUUCCCACAUCAUUUUGCCUGGAAGUCAUGGUCUUCUGAAGAUUGUAGCUGUAUGCAUGAGCCUCCUAAAUGAAGGAUGAGAAACUUACCAGUAAGCCCUUAAGGGCCCAUUCUAUUCCCUUCCCCCUUCCCUUCAUGCUUCUUAAAAGAGGACAAACUACCAGAGAAAUGAGAAGAAAAGGAACUUUGGGAAGAAGAAUUGAUGGUGUCUCAUGGAUGCCUAUUUGAA